AUGUCUAAGGUGUUCAGAUGGUCCCGUGUUCUGGGGGUGGUGGGUGGUGCGAGCAUCUGGUGGAAGCUGUGGGGAGCUUUCGUGGUGGGCUGGCUGGUGGCCAUCGAGGUUCAGGCAGUGUGGAAGGUCAUCAAAGCAUUGAGUGGGCUAGCAAGUGAUACUACUGGUAAUAGAAGCAUAACAGUACGGUUCGCUGGUACCAUAUUCUACAUGGGCAACCUGAUAGGCCUCAUACUCUGUUGGAGGCUCUCCUCGUCAUGGGUAACCCUGGCCAAGUAUUGGACGUCCUUAGAACUGGGUCUGAGUAUAAAACAAGUGCCGAAAGACAAUACCAUCAGGUAUAGAAUGAAUACUGUGAUCAUUGUCAUUGCAAUAGGCGCUGUAGUAGAACAUCUCCUGAAUGUGAUGGUCAACUUGGAAACGGAUUGCUCAUUCGUGGAAUGUCUACGACGGUUCAUGCUCAAAUCUCAUGGAUUCCUGUUCUUAGAGAAUCAGUACAAAGACUGGUACACCAUACCAUUGCUGUUCAUGAGUAACUUGGCCACGGUGGUAUGGAACUUGCAAGAUUUGCUGGUGAUUUUGAUCAGCAUGGGCCUGUCCUCGAGGUAUACCAGACUGAAUGCGUGUGUGAAAAAGGUUUUAGAAAUGACCAAUGAGAAGAAUUUGACAACAAACAUAAAAACCCUGAAGCUGCACACAUGGCGUCUCAUCAGAACAUCAUUCGUACAGCAGGCGACGCUGGUGAGGCGCGUCAACGGUGACCUUGGAGUGUUGCUGCUCGCCUCCACCGCAUCCAACUUCUACUUCAUUUGCCUGCAGCUGUUUUUGGGAUUUGCUCACGGUCUAUCAGAGCUUCUGCUGAACCGAAUAUACUAUAUGAUGUCCUUCUCCUGGCUUUGCUUCCGCGCAUCAUUGGCGAUAUUGACAGCGGCAGGCGUCAACAGACUGUCAAACGCAGUUCUGCCGGACCUCUACCAGUGUCCUCCAGAGUUUUAUAAUGUAGAGAUAGAGAGGCUUCAAAAGCAGUUGAGUGAGGAAUGUGUUGCCUUGAAUGGACUGGAACUAUUUUACAUCAGAAGAGGAAUCCUGUUACAGAUAGCAGGAACUGUGUUCACUUACGCCUUGGUCUUGAUUCAAUACGACACUGAGCAGAAUACUACCAACGUUCCGGAAAAUGUUACUACUCUGGCAUAA